GUUUUCGUAGACGUCACUUCCGAAACAAUAAGAGAUUCGGUUGAGGGCUUUAGCGCUCCUUGGCUGGGUCAGUUGAAUCUUAUGAGUAUCUUUUUGUUUUGUCUUGCAAAGGUCUUAAAAACUAACCGUUAAAUUCUUCGGAUCAAUACACUAAAAGUCACAGACUAAUCAAAGAUUUCCAGUAGCAUGAAUUUCUCAGAGGUCCUCAAGCAGUCCAAUCAAUUGUGCAAAGUUUCUCCUGAUGGGAAAUAUUUGGCCACCUGUGUUCAGUACCGCCUGGUUGUCCGUGAUAUCAACACCCUUCAGAUCCUGCACCUGUACACAUGUCUGGACCAAGUGUUGCACAUGGAGUGGUCCUCUGACUCCCUCUUCAUCCUUUGUGCCAUGUACAAAAGAGGACUAGUGCAGGUAUGGUCUCUAGAGCAGCCGGACUGGCAUUGUAAGAUAGACGAGGGUUCUAUUGGACUAGUCUCGUCACGCUGGAGUCCUGACGGGCGACACAUACUCAACACCACUGAGUUCAAUUUGAGGAUCACCGUCUGGUCCCUAUGCACAAAAUCUGUAUCCUACAUCAAGUAUCCUAAAGCCUGCCAGAAAGGUAUGGACUUCACUGCAGAUGGCCGUUAUAUGGCUCUGGCGGAGAGACGGGAGUGUAAAGACUACAUCAGUGUGUUUGUGUGUGAUGACUGGCAUCUUCUCAGACAUUUUGAGAGCGAGACUCAAGAUCUGGCAGGGCUGGAGUGGUCUCCUAAUGGCUGUGUGCUUGCUGUGUGGGACAACUGUCUCGAGUAUAAAAUUUUAUUAUAUUCACUGGAUGGCCGCCUGUUGGCUUCUUACAGUGCAUAUGAGUGGUCUCUAGGCAUAAAGUCUGUCUCUUGGAGUCCCAGCAGCCAGUUCUUGGCUGUUGGCAGCUUUGAUGAGAAGGUUCGGAUCCUGAAUCAUAUCACCUGGAAGAAGAUCACAGAAUUUGAGCAUCCAGCCACCAUCGUAAACACCAAAGCUGUGGUAUUUAAGGAAGUGGAGAAAAGACCUGUUGUGGGCAGUGAAGAUCUUUCUAUUCAUCAGCUGACUAUGGAUAAUUCACUAUUUAGCACACAGAGCAAGUAUGAGAUCACACAACUGCCAACCCAGGUGCCAGUAAUCAAGCCCGAUCCAGACCGUGCCAACCCUAAAAUCGGUGUCUCUGCUAUGGCUUUCAGUGCUGAUAAUCGCUACCUUGCUACAAAGAAUGAUAACAUGCCUCAGAGCCUGUGGGUGUGGGACAUGCAGAGACUCGGUCUGCUGGCUGUCCUGGAACAGACGGCUCCUGUGCGCUGCUUUGUCUGGGACCCACGCAGACCUCGACUGGCUCUCUGCACCGGAAACACCAAAGUUUAUCUGUGGUCGCCAGCUGGCUGUGUGUCUGUGAAUGUACCAGUUGAAGGCAGUUUUCAGGUUCAGUCUCUAUUUUGGCACUGCAGUGGCAGCUCACUCAUCCUCCUCUCAAAAGAGCAGCUCUGUCUGUGUUACAUGGAAGCAGAGGAGGAGAAAUAAACCAAAGCACUCCAUCACACUCCCAAGAGUCUCUCUGCUCGCAUUUGAGUACGAGACUCGUGUAAGAGAUCUGAUCUCCAAAGAACUCAAGACAAAAACACUGUCUGCAGAUAUACCUCAGCACUUUUGUGGUUUUCAGGUAGGGUUUUUAUAACAUUUUCAUCUUGACACAAAAUGUUGAUUGUCAAUACAGCACAUGCUAUGAGUAAAAUAUUUAUCAGAUAUGUGUGAUUCUACCCCACCAGCCUGGUGCAAAUGAACUGCUUUCACUCAGAUCUGUUUCUUAAGGCCUUAGACAAGCGAAAUAGCUGAUACACGUGCUCUGUGAAGGACCAAGUAUAUCAUACAAUCGAAAAUCUAAUUUAUGUCACUUUAGAUCUGCUGUGAUUUAUAGAUGAAUGUGAGUUGCUGUGAAUGUGAAGCUUUUUGCUUCAUGACAAUAAUGUCUGUAGAAUUUCAUUGUUUUUCCUGACAAUGUUUCAAAACUAGAUUUAUUUUUAUAAAACUUAGAUCUGUUUGUAAUAAAGUUUUCUACAUUGUU